UGUUCAUUAUUUAUUCAAAUGGAAGCUACAAAUCUUCAUCUUGCACGUAGAGGACAAAAAUAAUUAAAAAAAGAGAUGUCAGUGCCUGUUGGAUGAUGGUGGUGCCCGGGAAUGCCCCGGUGAUCCAGCAGGACCACGCUCUGGAGCCCGACCUCGGGAGAGACCCCCCGGAGCACCCUGCCAUGGGUCCCGGCACGGAGCCCGCGCCCGAGGAGGUGGGCCCGGAGCUGGCAGAGGUGAGGAAGCUUCGGGAGCUGAUGAGGAGGCUGGAGCUGGAGAACCAGCACCCCAGAAGCAAGAGCAGCAGGAACGUGCUCGGGACGACCGUGCCGGGGGAGAUCCGCCCCGGCGUGGACAACCCCGGCCUCAACGGGACGGAGCUCAACAACAGCAUCAACGCCAUCAGCGAGCAGCAGGAACUGCAGAUUAUGGCGGAUCUGCACAGCCAGUUGAGCAAAAUAAGGCAGGAGGAAGGAGAGAACAACUGCUUCAAAAGAGCCGUGGAUGCCCAGAGGGAAUGCAGCUGCAACGGUGCCCCCCAGGAGGAGGUGCCUCCCAAGGAUGGCACGGGCAGGUGUUCCCCGUGUGUGGAUACAAGGAAUGGCUCAGAGCUGCUGGGGGUCCAUCCCUCAGCCAGAAUCCACGAGCAGGAUCCCAGGGAAAAGUGUGCAGACCUAGAAAGCCUUUCAAACAACGCGGAUCUGGAUGAAGUGAAAGUGUUAGAACUUGAGAACUGCACCGAGGAGGAGGAUUGCUGGUACGUGUCUCCAGGCCUGGGGGGGGAGAGGGAACUUAGCUGUUUGGGGGGGUGUCUGACUGCCUGUGUGUUCUCUGUGUCCCCCCCAGGUUACCUGAGCAUGCACUCGGCGCUGAGCUCCCAGUCCUCGGUGGACAGCGAGCUGAGCACCUCGGACGACUCCAUCUCCAUGGGCUACAAACUGCAGGACCUCACGGAUGUCCAGGUCAUGGCACGCCUUCAGGAAGAGAGCCUCCGGCAGGACUGUGCCUCCAGCUCCGCCUCCGUGUCCCGGCGCAGCUCCAGCGCCUCCCUGCACUCCCUGCGCCGCGGCACCUACAGCGACCAGGAGUUCGACACCUACAGCCUGGAGGACGAGGACGACUACGACUGUUCCCUGUCCUUCCGCAGCGCCCACAGAUACUCCCCGUCCCCACUGAGCUCCCCCCGCUGCCAGUCUCCCUCCUCCAGCGUGGAUUACGGAAGGUCCUCCGCGUCCCGGCUCCGCGCCCCGCGCAGGGCGGGCAACGGCCCCAUGCAGGAGCGGCUCAAGUACGCCAACAGCGAAGAGGAGCUGAGGCACAGCAUGCCCAACCUGGCCCGGAGCAGCCUGCGCGCGCUCGACUCCGUGAGGAGCAGUCGGAGCCUGGAGUCCGACCUGCAGGUGCCCAGCAGCCGAAUUCCCAGGACUCAGCAGCGGUCAGCAGGUCUGACUCCCAGCAAGCUCAGGUAUUCCUCGGGUGCCGGGCAGUCCCCGCUGACGGUGCGACAGCCCGGGAAGGCCGGCUCGGGCACCAACUCCCUGCUGGCCACCAGGCAAGCGGUGAAACCCUGCGGCUACACGGCUCCUGGCUCUGCAGUCAGGAAGCCACAGGCCCCUUCGCUUCACACGGGCUCUUCCAGCACCAGUUGCACUUCCAGAACCACCACCAUGGUCACCGUGGCCAAAAAUUCCGCCCUGAAGGCACGGCCGGCCGGCGGAGGGAUCGCGGUGCCCAAGGGAAAGGCAACGCCGCCGUCCAGGAGGUUCCUUCAGUCGGCACAGACCCCCCCGGCCCCCGAGGACGACUCCUGGAAGGAUGGGUGCUACUGACCCCCAAGACCUCCGUGGAGCAGAGCCCCAGCUGGCUGGGCAUCACCUCCCUGGGCAAGGAGCCUCCAGCCCCCUCUCCCUGCAGACUCAUGUACAUAUUCCUCAGAUUCCUGGGAAGCAGCCCCACCUCCUGCUCUGCCAAGAGCCCGACCUCGCCGCGCUGGGACCGGCAACGGCUUCGACCCACCACGAGUCUUCCCAGGAAGACUGCAAAUGGCCUUAUUUCAUCUGCCCCCCUGCCUGCAGCCCUUGGGAAGGUCUGUCACCCCCAACCUGGGCUGUGACCCUGCUCCUGAGGGGGCUGGGAAGGCUGGGAGGGUCCUCUCUGUGCCGGGAAGCAGCUCUGAGCCAGUGCUGUGGGGUGGCAGAGCUCGGGGAGACUAGAAAUAGUGACAUAGGUGUUAGAAUUAAGACUUUUUAAAUCCAACCUGAUGUGCUCUAAUAUUUGUCUGAAACUCAGCUGGUUUUUGGUUUGUUUUUUUUUUGGUUGGUUGGUUGGUUUGUUUUUUUACUUCUGUAUAGAAUGUAUUUCUGCUACUUUUUAUGGUUUGGUCUAGAGCUGCAGCAGGUUUUUAUAACUGUAGAACACUUCAAACUGUUGUAUGCAGGUGUCAGCACAGGCCACGAGUGAAGGAGCAGUACACAAUAUUUGUGUGGGGUGUGAACAGGCAGGGACAGGGGGAUGCCAGUUCAAAACUGCUGGUUCCCAGCACCACCUUACCUCAGCUGAGAGGAGGUUACCACCAGGUAAGAGCAAACUUUUUUAAAAAAUAACCCUCCCUGACAGCUUUGGCUUGAAGGGUUUGAUCUCUCAGCUGGUUCCCAACUGCCCUGACUUUUGUAGAAGUUUUUUACUGUCUCUUAAGGAUUCUGUUCCAGUGUCCUUUCCCUCAGCAAGUGCUGGAUGCUCCAAACACAGUCUUAGUCCAGGAAAUAUGCACUGAUAGCAACAUUCUCCCUGCCAUCAAUGUGACCUUGAAAUAGUGUAGUUUAAUAAAAUGUUAUGGUGCU